GGUGUAGGGCAGGCCACCUAGACACAUGCGUUGCAUUGUUCUUAAAUUAAAAUCUACACAUCGAGACCAAGUGGCUUCCGGAGGAAUUAAUUGCACCGGAAAAUGGUUUCGCAAUGUUAAUUGACAUUAGAUGCGCUUCUUUUGUUCGCCCGCAUCUAUACUUCCCCGUUGUGAUUGUCGAGACGCACUAGUUAGGUGCGAUCGCAAAUGACUUGACAUAGAUAGCGGUGGUCGCAGGUAAACACUUUCUUUCUGAAAAAUAGAGGAAGAAUUGAACACGAUGACUGACCAGUACAGUAUGUUUCUCACCGCCGCUCCCCCUCUGAGAAGAGGAAGCACACCUCUACCAAUCAAGCACCAGCUGAGGCGGGAGGAGGCCGUAUCAGAGGACCAUGACUGGAUACCAGGGAUUGACGAGCCGGCCACGCUGCCAAUCAGUGACGCCCUUUGCCGGGAUGAAUCAUUUAGUCAGGCGUCGGAGGGGUGUCAUGGGAGUGCUAUAAGGAUCGUACUACUUGGGCAGAAUGGGGUUGGAAAAUCGGCACUCUCUCUGGCCCUGGCUGGACUGUCAGACAGCUCACUGUCUGUGGACUCUGAAACAGCCUGUGGAGAAUGCUACGAGCGCACGGUGUCAGUUGACGAUGAGCAGAGUUCGGUCACCAUUUAUGACAACUGGAAACAGGACCUGUCCACGCUGCAGUGUGAGGUGGUUGUCCUGGUGUUCUCUGUGACAGACAGGAGAAGUUUCCACCGCACCGCCCAGCUCCGCCUCAUCCUCAGGGAGUCGCUGCCCCACACUCCCAUCAUCCUCGUGGGCAACAAGAGUGACCUCGUCCGCUCUCGGGAGAUCAGCACAGAGGAGGCCCACUCCAGUGCCAUGAUGUAUGAAUGCCAGUAUCUGGAGCUGUCUGCCUCCCUGGACCACGGCACCACCGAGCUGCUGGAGGGAGCGGUGAGGGCUGCCAGGGGUGACUGCGUGGGGCCGGGCUGGACGGAGGGGGACCCUGGGGCGGGGCGCAGGGAGAGCCUGACCAGUAAGGCCAAGCGCUUCCUGGCUGGCCUGGUGCCGCGGUCCUACGGCCGAGGAGACCGGGACAGGGGUCAGUACAGGGAGAUGAGCAGACACCGGGGCAGCAAGAUCCUCCGACAGAAAUCGCGCUCCUGCCAUGAUCUCAGUGCAAUGUGACACAUCAGACAGACCGAGAGAGGAGGUGAGGUGUGUGAAAAGGGGAGGGGGAAAAAAUCAGAGGAAAACAGAGGAUGGGAGAUGAGUUAUGGAGGGAAAAAGUGGGACGGGGGAUGGUGAGAAGUGUAGCAAUGGAGAGGGAGGGGCCGUUAGAAAUGAAGCUGUACCUUAGGGAACGAGAGUGCGAGAGCGAGAGGUGAAGUCAUUAGAAUAGCAGGAUGAGAUGAAUACUAGUCGACUCAUUAUGCAAUGUAGAGGGGGGGAAAAAACAGUCACAUUGGAGAAAGAAUCAAGUAAGAAAAAGGGGAUUGGAAAAUGAUUGUGCAAGAUGGAAAAUAAUGAGUGUCAAAU